CGAGGGCCAGCCAGAGACAGAGACAUACCUCGACCGAGCCCUCCCCCACAUCACUUCCCCCUCUCCUCCCUCGCAGAGCCCACCCCGCCCCUCCCCGACUCGAUCUCCGUCGACCGCCGCGGCAUCACCGCCCGCCCAGCCGCCCUCCGCCUGGGGAGGACCUCCUACCCCCCAUCACGAUCCCCGAUGCGAUGCCCCUGCGGCGUGAUCGCGUGAGCACGGCGCAAUGAAUCCCAGAGAUUCCGACGACGACCGCCCCGGGGCGGCGGCGGGUGCGUCCUCGGCGGCCCCGGAGCAGCAGCAGCAGCAGCAAUCGCUGGAGUGGAGGUUCGCGCAGGUCUUCGGCGAGCGCGCGGCGGGCGAGGACGUGCAGGAAGUUGACAUCAUCUCUGCAAUCGAGUUUGAUAAAUCUGGUGAUCAUCUUGCCACCGGAGACAGAGGAGGACGUGUUGUUCUAUUUGAGAGAACAGAUGCUCGGGAUGAGCAUGCUAAUCGGAGAGAACUGGAGAGACAGGAUGUUCCAAUUACUAGACAUCCUGAGUUCCGCUAUAAAACGGAGUUUCAGAGUCAUGAACCUGAGUUUGACUACCUCAAAAGUUUGGAAAUAGAGGAGAAGAUCAACAAAAUCAAGUGGUGCCAGACAUCCAACAAUGCACUCUUUCUACUGUCCACAAAUGAUAAGACUAUCAAAUACUGGAAGGUCCAAGAGAAAAAGGUAAAACAAGUUUCAGUUAUGGCUUUGGACACUUCCCAAACUGUAGGGGAUGGUACCACUAGUCAUGCGAGUACCAGUACUUCCGAGCCUCCUCUUCCAAAUGGUGGAUGUUCAAAAAAUUCUGAUAGCCUCAACAGUAAUCUCGUAUUUCCACCUGGAGGUUACCCAUCGCUGCGUUUACCUGUGAUUACUAGUCAAGAUGUGAACCUUGUUGCUAGAUGUCGACGCGUAUAUGCCCAUGCUCAUGAUUACCAUAUUAAUUCUAUUUCGAAUAAUAGUGAUGGUGAAACAUUCAUAUCAGCAGAUGAUCUGCGAAUAAAUCUAUGGAAUUUGGACAUAAACAGCCAGAGCUUUAACAUUGUUGAUGUGAAGCCUACAAACAUGGAAGAUCUAACAGAGGUGAUUACUUGUGCGGAGUUCCACCCCACUCAUUGUAAUACACUGGCCUAUAGUAGCUCAAAGGGUUCUAUCCGGCUAAUCGAUCUGCGACAGUCUGCAUUGUGUGACAACCAUUCCAAAAUAUUUGAGGAACAUGAAGCACCUGGAGCAAGAUCGUUCUUUACGGAGAUAAUAGCAUCAAUUUCAGAUGUAAAGUUUUCAAGGGACGGAAGAUAUCUUCUUAGUCGUGAUUAUAUGACUCUCAAACUAUGGGAUCUAAACAUGGAUUCAGGCCCUGUUUCAACCUUCCAGGUCCAUGAACAUCUAAGACCAAGGCUUUGUGAUCUGUAUGAGAACGACUCAAUAUUUGACAAGUUUGAGUGUUGUCUUAGUGGGGAUGGACUUCAUGUUGCAACUGGCUCUUAUGGUAAUCUAUUCCGUGUUUUUGGUUCUACUCCUGGUAGCACGGAGGUGACCACUUUGGAAGCUAGCAGGAACCCGAUGAGACGUCAGAUUGCAAACCCAACCAGACCCACGCGGGGGACGCUGACCUCUAUGACCCGUGGUGUGCGAAGAGGUGGGGAAAAUCUAGGUGUUGAUGCCAAUGGAAACUCAUUAGACUUCUCGACGAAGUUGCUCCACCUUGCAUGGCACCCCACCGAGAAUUCCAUUGCAUGCGCUGCUGCAAAUAGCCUGUAUAUGUAUUAUGCGUAGAAAAUUCUCUAGAGAAAAUUUAUCGUUCUUGGUUUGCCGCAUUGCCCGCCCUCAAAGGCCAGGCCCUUCCGCACUCAACCAGAGGGACAGUGCAGGGCAGUGUCAGAUACUCCCUCGGGGCCAAAAGAGACAGCCGAUGUCCAAGAUUGCCUGGUUGCUGUGCUAGCGGAUUGCGCCCCUGUUGAUUCAUUAGUAAAUGUGUAAAUUAUAUGAUUUUUUUUGGUCUUGCCUCGCUCUCAUCACAGCUGUUGUGUCACCUCAAAUCUGCAGUCGAGGGAACAGAUCAAAAGAUAGAAAGUCACCUUGUGCCGGUUCCCGUGGCAAAGGACGGGACCGGAUCUGCUGCACUGCAGGGCCUUGUCUUAUUUGGUUCAUCUCUUCAUGUAGUUCAGCAUAGACAGGACCAAUCAGUUGUUUAGAACUUCAAUUGUCUGGAUGAUAGACGAGUGAUACUCAGUGAUUGUAGCUAUUUCUUGUUCUAUUCAUUUGAUUGUUGAAAUAAGUCAGCAGUAUAAGUGUGCUUUGUUUUUCUUGUUA